AGCCACAAACUAGCAGCAUCAGGGCAGUCACAACACAGGAACACCAUGGGCUGAGGGCAGGUCUGCACGAUCCGCUGUCCUGUGUUCCAGCUGGCUGGAAUCGCUGGAGAACUUUAAGUGUACCUGAUAAGGGCUGAAUAUUUAUAGGGGGUGCAAGCAAGGAUGGAUUAGUGGCACAUUGUGGGUGUGAGAGAGUGAAGAAGCCCUGCGUGAACAUAGCACAGAGACAUCAUGGCCUCCCUGCUGACUGGACUCUGGCAGCUAGUUAUUUCUGUGGUUGUCCUGUCUCAACUCUCAGCAACACUUCCUCCUCUGGAGAGGGCUCGGAGACAUGCCGACGGGGUAUUUAACAGUGAACUCAGCAAAAUGAAUGAAAAUGCCUAUGUGCAGAAGUUAGUCAAAUCUCUUGUGGGCCUCAAUCAAAGGUACCAGAGGCACUCUGAUGGCAUGUUCACCAGCGAACUCAGCAAGAUGAGAGGAAAUACUCAGGUUCAGAAACUAAUCAAGUCUCUGGUGGGCUACAAGCGCAGUGAUGAGGUGGAUGGCUCUGAAGGAUUAAUCCAUACAGAUAUACCAAGGACACAUCAGACCGGCAGCUCUUACGAUGACUUUUGCUUCAUGUGGUUAUACCAGAGCUUUCUGAACGAUAGCCUGUCAGAGAGUGAUGCAAGAGAAGCCACUCAGAUGACCGGCCAAUACAUUUGCCCAGCCUCCAAACCACUGAUUGAAGAGAUGAAAGAAGACGUGUCGGUUCUGGAUGAAGGGGACAACAGCAGCCAAACCUCUCCAUAAACUACAGCAUGAUGGGAUGGGUUCCGUGUGCAGCCUACAAAUAAAUAAGGAAGCUACUGAAUCAGGUUCAAGCGUAAAUGAUGGGAUCAGAAACUGCCAAAAUAACAGUAAAGCAUGUAAUCAAGGGUACUGUGUAUAUUAGUGUAAAAUAGAGGGUGGGGUUAGUAGAUGGUGCAUGAAUGAUGGAAGCAGCUUACACAAUACUUUGUUCCAGGCCUGUGUAUUUCUAAACUUUAAUAAAAGUUCUUCAG